AUGUCGCGGCGGGCCCUGAGGCGGCUGCGGGGGGAGCUGGGCGAGCUCGGCCUCGGCCUCGACCCCGGCCCGGAGCACGCCCGGGAAGGCGGGCCGCCGCCAGCCCCCGGGAAGGGGCCCCGCGGGACGCCCCGCGCCGGCGUCAGCAACCGCUUCGAGCUGAUCCCAGCUGAGGAGUCGGAGGAUGAGCUGGUGGCUGAUGAGGAGCGAGCAGACACCCGGCUCGGGGAGCAGGACACGGCGGCAGGGAGCCCCCAGGGGAGCAGGGGCAGCAGCAGGGAGGGGGCUGUGAGCCCCUCGGAGACGGCCGGUGAUGGACACAGAGAGGGGCAGGAGGCCCAGCAGCCAGACAGAACGCUGGCAACAAGUAACAAGCCACGGAAGAAAAAAAAGAAAAGGAAAACCAAGAAAAAUUCAGCAGGAGAGACUGUGGAAGACAACGACCUGGAGGACAUCGAGAGCCUUUUGGAGAGGAUGGAGGAGCCCAGGCUGGCCCCGCAGAGCCAGGGCGGGAUCCCCGCCGACAGCCGGCCUCUGCUCUACGUGGAGCACAGAAACUUGAAUCCAGAGAAUGAGUUGAAGAGAUACUUUGGGGCUCGUGCUGUGCUCGGGGACCAGAGGCCGAGGCAGAGGCAGCGGCAGUACGUGCGCAGCAUGUGGCUCACAGCUCCCAAGAACACCUGGCCACGCUACAGCAAGACAGGUAUCACCAUGCAGCUGCUGGACACCCGGAGGGGCGUGCAGCACUUCACCUUCGAGCACCACCGUGAGUACCAGCAGGUCCAGUUCAAGUUCCUGGAUGCUGUGGAGUCCAUGGACCCCAACAACAUCGUGCUGCUGCUCCAGAUGAACCCCUACCACGUGGACUCCCUCCUGCAGCUCAGCGACGUGUGCCGCAUGCAGGAGGACCAGGAGAUGGCCCGGGAUCUCAUAGAGCGGGCUCUGUACAGCCUGGAGUGCGCCUUCCACCCCGUGUUCAGCCUCACCAGUGGGACCUGCAGGCUGGACUACCGGCGCCCAGAGAACAGGGCUUUCUUCCUGGCUCUCUUCAAGCACCUGAUGUUCCUGGAGAAGAGGGGCUGUCCCCGCACAGCCCUGGAGUUCUGCAAGCUCAUCCUGAGCCUUGAUCCUGAGAAUGACCCGCUCUGUGUGCUGCUGCUGAUCGACUUCCUGUCCCUGCGGGCCCGGGAAUACUCCUUCCUGACCCGCCUCUUCCAGGAGUGGGAGAGUCACCGGAACCUCUCCCAGCUGCCCAAUUUUGCCUUCUCGGUGCCACUGGCCUAUUUGUUCCUGAGCCAGCAGGAAGAGCGGCCGGAGCUGGAGCGGAGCCAGGCCCGGGAGCGAGCGGCCCGGCUCAUCCAGCUCGCGCUCGUCAUGUUCCCAAGCGUUCUGAUGCCGCUGUUGGAUCACUGCAGUGUGCAGCCCGAUGCCAGGGUUGCCUCCCACCCCUUCUUUGGGCUGAAUGCCCAGAUCAGCCAGUCGCCCGCCCUGAACCAGCUGACAUCCCUGUACGUGGGCAGGACACACGCCCUGUGGAAGGACCCGGCUGUCAUGGCCUGGCUGGAGCCCCACGUCCACGAGGUUCUGCGCAUGGUGGACGCCCAGGACGCGCUGGUGCAGGAGGCCGAGCACAAGAGGAAGAUCCGGUACCAGAGCGCUCCCAGGAACAUCUACCGGCACAUCAUCCUCUCGGAGAUGAAGGAGGCCACGGCAGCCCUGCCUCUGGAGGUGACCUCCCAGCCAGUGAUGGGGUUUGACCCCCUCCCUCCUCUGGAUUCCAUUGUUUCCUACACCCGACCAGAAAGGACGAGCCAUCCCUCCAACGAAAGCACUUUAUCCCUCUUCUUCCGCUCGCUGCUGCCAAAUUUCAACUUGCAGGGGGACAUCCGGCACGACGGGGACGACGAGGCCGGGGCGGCGCAGGACCUGAACCAGGGCGUGAACAGGCUGAUGGCGGCCAUGCGGGACAUGCUGGCCAACAUCCAGUUCCAGGAGCCGCCCCGCGAGGACAAUCCCGAGGGCGACGGCGACUGGGAUUGAGCCGGGCCGUCCCUCCCCAGCCCCUCUGGAGUCACCCCCGAUUUGUGUCGCACUCCAAUAAAGUCACACAGAUGGAC